AUGUCUGGUAUCCAGGAUAGCAAGUGGGCUAAUGCCCCGACCACUGCUGCAGCCGCUGGAGCUGGGGGAGACCCUAACCGCGGUGGUCGGCGUGGUCGAGAUGGCAAGAAGCCCCCGACUGACCGCGUAACGGUCAAAACGAAGCCUUGGGUCUGCAGAAACGGAUGUGGUACCCAACAUCCGGGAAAGGUAUGCCCCAUGACCGAACUCGGUCAGCAACUGUGGACUCUCCGUGAGCAGUACCUGGCAGAGCAGGAUAGGAUCGUGGCGGCUGCUAUCACCCCAUUUCGUCCUGCCUCUAACCCCCCUGCCGACCUCUCCGGUGCUUCGGCUCCUUCCCGUCGUCGUCGUCGUGGGGCCCCUAGUGGUGCGAAUACGCCCACACCUGGUGGCUCUAGCAUCCGCCCUCUGCCCGCGGCCGCCGAUGGAAACAAUAACUCCUCGGCUGGGAACCGGAACGAGGGAGGCGAAAGGCAGCUCAAUCACCAGCAGAGACGUUCGCGUGCUCGGCUGCAAGCCUAUCGAGCCCGGCAGCGGCAGCAACAACAACAACAUACCUCCACUGGAGAUACCCAGGACACCGAGAUGGCCACGGCCCCAGCAGGCGAGAAUCAGCCAGAGACCAUCAGCGCUCCUGCCGCUGCUCCUGGUGCUGAAGCCCUGGAAGGCGAGGAAUCAUCCGUCCAAACUCUAUGUGUGAGAAGUAAGGAUCCCUCUUGA